AUGACAGAUACACGAAAAAUGGCAAGAGCAAAACUGGUGCUGCUGGGACGAGAGAACUGUGGAAAGACGGCUCUGUGCGUGAGAUUCAUCACCAAGCGAUUCAUUGGGGAGUAUGACCGUAAAAAGGAGGUGACCUAUAGGUGCCGCAAAAUAGUGGACAAGGAAGUGAUUGACUUGGAGAUUUUAGACACAGUUAAUAAGGAGUGUGUUGGACCUGGCGCCACCCCUCUCGAGAGCUCUAUUAAAUGGGGUGAUGGCUUUCUGAUCGUAUACUCAGUGACGGACCGCAGCAGCUUUGACGCUGUCGCGCACCUCAAGAGACUCAUUGAUCACAUCAGACAGAGCCUUGGAAUCCCCACAGUGAUUGUAGCAAAUAAGAAUGACAUGGAGAAUGGGCGUGCUGUUAGGACAGAAGAAGGCCAGGCUUUGGCCAGAGACCUGAGGUGUAGUUUUUUUGAGCUCUCCGUAGCAGAGUGCUCCUCAGCAGUGGAGGCAGCAUUCAGCCAGCUGAUCCGUGAGGUACGGGUGGAGUUCCAUCGCCACCUGCUAGCAAUGGACAAGCGUUCACGUGUGCUGCAGAUGCGACAUGCACUCAAGAAUAAACUCACACGCAGCAAAACCAUGCAGUGGUGAUACAGCUAAGAAGAACAACGUGUGUGCUUAGGGUUGCUGUCUUGCUGCAUGAUCCACCUUCUCUUGAG